GUCAACGGCGCGUCAAUUUACUCACUGAAAACUAUUUCUUUGCUUCUCUCUUCUGAUCCAAUUGCUAACAAUUCCUUCUAUGGCCACUCAUACAGCCGCCUCCUCUUCUUCUUCUUCUAGGAAAUACGAUGUCUUCCUUAGUUUUUGCGGCGUUGACACCCGCAAGAAUUUUACUGACCAUCUCUACACUGCUUUGGAAAAAAGGGGUAUUAAUACUUUCAGAGACGAUGAGAAACUUGUGAGAGGAAAGUAUAUUUCUCCGGAACUCUUGAAAGCAAUAGAAGUCUCCAAAUAUGCAAUCAUCGUUCUCUCGAGAAAUUACGCUUUUUCAAGGUGGUGCUUGAUUGAAUUAGCAAAGAUUGUUGAGUGCAUAGAAGAGACCAAGUUGACAGUUUUGCCCAUCUUCUACCAUGCUGAUCCCUCUCAUGUGCGGAACCAGACGGGUACACUUGCUGAAGCCUUUGAGAAGCAUGAAAAAGAUCCCAAGGUUAACAAAGAGGAUGUGCAAGCAUGGAAAGCUGCCUUGAAAGAAGUGGGCAAUAUCUCCGGAUGGCAUUUAAAUGAUAGGUAUGAAUCAAUAGUUAUCCAAGAAAUCCUCAAAAGGAUAUCAAGCGAAUUGGAUCUUAUAGUCCAAAGUACUAUUUCCAACAACCUUGUUGGAAUAGAAUCCCGUGUGAAGGAACUUUUGGAUUUAUAUGUAGAUGAAGCGUCGGGUGGUGUUGGCUUUGUAGGGAUUUGUGGAAUGGGUAAAACAACUCUUGCACAAGUAAUUUCUAAGAGAAUUUCUGGACCUGGUUAGGGAGCUAUACUCUCCUGAAGUGGCUGCUCAAAUUUUAUCUACCCCUAUCUUAAGGCAAGGUGUUACCGAUAAGCUGAUAUGGCCUCAUGUAAUGCGUGGUCGAUAUGAGGUCAAAAUAGGCUAACAAUUGCUGCAGGCAUUGGAAGUAAGGAAAAUAAGACAAUUGAUUCUAAUUUAAGGGUCAUAACUCUUAGAUGGAGAAAUCUUGUGGAUCAUGAAGCUUCCUUUGAAGUUUGAAGUUAUUUUAUUUAUUUAUUUUGUGGAAGUUUUGGCAUGAGGACUUAACUGAUUAAAACAGAAUAGUGAAAAUGAAACAUAGUGAGUUAUAGUAGUUGUGUCUUAUGCAGUGAGGAAGGGAAAAACUUGGAUCAUUUAUUCCUGCAGUGCUGUCUUGAUCUGUAUUGUUUGGUUCAGAAUUGACCCUUAGAACUGAGUUCAUUUAUCCUUGCUCUUUGAAGCAGUGAUUGCCGCAAUUGAUGGAGGAUUUUAACCUUUCACAAACUGGAAUAUGCAUGUGAUGUUCUCUAAAAUGAUGUUUGAGGGUACAAAAAUGUCUGCUUCAGAACUGCUAAUGCUUAGUAAAGCUCUGUUUUGCAGGUAUGUAUAAGUCUAUAAUGCACCAGGCAGAUCAGAGUAACUGCAGGAAUGUACCAAGGCAAGUGUGUCUAAUUGUGGAGGAUUGCUAAGUGUUGCUUUGAGGGACACUGGCAGGGAGGGUAUGAAUGGGUUGAUUUUGGCUGUAGCUAUAUCAAGCACUGGCAGGAAAAUUUUUGGUAGGUGGUUGCAGUUCUGCCAUAUGCAACCUUGGCAGGCAGCUAGAUGCCUGGCUGUUCGAAAAGCAUUAACUAAGGCUAUACAACUUGCUUUUUGCAGAUUUGCUCCUUCAAUAAGUAGUAGAGGAGUGGUGGAACUCUGUUUGGGAAAGAUGGCUCCUUGGCUGACCAUGCCCAUUUCAGAUGAUGGAACGAACCAAAAGACCUAUCUCCAAAUAGUAACUUGAUUAGGCUAUAUACCAUCAUAUAGACUCAAUUAGAAUUAGAAUUAAAAGACAGCAGUAGACAGUAGAGAAUUCUGACCAUACAACAGGCUAAACUAUAAAUUACUAACUCUGUCAUCUGGUGCAUAUUCAUCUUUACAGUAAUCAAACCCAAGCAGGCAAGCAACUAUAUAGACAAGGUUGAAAAAUGGAGAAGGUGGCCUACUUGGAUAGGACCUGGUUAGGGAGCUAUACACUCCCGAAGUGGAUGCUCAAAUUUAGCUUGCUGUAUCUGAAGGUGAGGAGUUUCUGAUACACUGAUAUGGCCUCAUGUAACACAUGGUCAAUGUGCAGUCAAAAUAGGCUACCAAUUGAUGCAUGCAUUGGAAAUAAGGGAAACUCAGAUAAUGGAUUCUCAUCGUAGGGUUAUAGCCCUUUUUUGAAGAAAUCUGUGGAGCUUGAAGCUUCCUUUGAAGUUAAGAGUUUUUGUUUGGAAGUUUUGGGAAGAGUACUUAGCCAUAGAAACAGAAUAGUGGAAAUGAAACAUAGUGAUUGAUACUGUGUCUUAUGCAAUGAAGAAGAGGAAAACUUUGAUAAUUUAUUCCUGAAGUGCAGUCUUGCUUGGUCUGUAUGGUUUGUGUCAGAUUUGACCCUCAGGACUGAGUUCAUUUGUCCUUCCUCUUUGAAGCAAUGGUUGGCUCAGUAAACAAAGGAUCCAAAUUUUCAUUAACAAAAAUCUGUUAUGAUCCCCAGAUUGUUUAUCAUAACUCUGCAGGCCUUGGGUAUCACUGCAAUAAAGUGAUGUUUGAGGGUGCAGAAUAGUCUGAUUAUGAAGUGAUAAUUCUUAGUAAAGCUUUUGUUUUGCUGGUAUGCACAAGCCUAUGAUGUACAAGUGGUGGGUCAGAUUAAUUGUAGGAGUGUAUCAGCAAGAGUGUAUCUAGUUGUGGACGGAUAGCAGGUGUUGCUGACAGUUAAGGGGCACUGGCAGAGAGAGUGCAAAUGGGUUGGUUUUGUGCCUAUGCAGCAAAAUCAUGUUUUAGCAGGAAAACCUUUCUGCCACUUGCAACUGAAUGGAAGCUUGACGCCCAGCUGUUCGAAAAGCAUUAACUAAGUCCAUAUAGCUUGGUUUUUGCAGACUUGUUUCAAUAAGUACUGAAGGAGUGGAGGACCUCAGUUUGGGAAAGAAGGUUCCUUGGCAACUUCAUGCGAUGAUUGAAGACCACAAGUGCAUAGAAGAUGGAAAAUGAAGAACACUAGUAGUGUAUAUAUGCUGUGCAUAGGAGAGUCACUGCGACAAGGGCCUGGCUACUCUUGCUUCAAAGGAGCUUCUUUUGGAGCUUGCAACUUUAUUACUAGGCAACUCUUCUGGCAUUACUGUAUCAGAAAACCACUACAGAUUUUUUAGACUAAUUUAUGGCUUUGUAGUGUCUGCAUUUUAAGACAUUAUAGAAGAUAUUCGUUUCUUUCUGAGAAAAUCUAUGUAAAAUUCUCCUGUUAAUUUAAAUAAGGGCAUUUCAAUAAACUAUAAAAUGGCUCUAGCUGAGUAAAUCUUAUAUACAUUUUUUUAA